CUUUUAUAGUGAGAUUUUUCGGGUCCAUAUGCUGAUAAAUGCGGGUCCGUGAUUAUAAACCCAGAAAUUCUAGAAGCGCCGGUGGGUGAGCGUGCUAGCACCUACUGGCGCUAGCGGUGGCAAGACACCCAACGGGGGCCGAAUGGCCCCACUGCUUCCAACACCCAGCCUACCCAACAACCAGCGUGCCAGACUCCCGACACGGGGACCUCAUCCCAUCAAUUCCGUCCUCGGAUCGCCCUGUCAAAGCGAGCCCCACCUGCCCCUCCGGAACAUGGGUGUCGAGGGUCUGGUGAUGAUGGGGGCUUCGGGAACUACACGAGCAGGUUGGCAGGGGUCCCCACUAGCACAGCUCGCUAGCGCUGGGCCCAGUCUGGUGGUGGCACUGGCCCAGUGCCAGUGGUGGCUGGUGGUGAAUGGCUGUCAAACGUUAUCAGCGGCCACAGCGCGAGUGUGGCGGCAGGCGGCCACAAACGGGUGCCACAGUCGCGGCUGGGGCCGCUGGCCAAUAAUUGCCGACACUCUUCACAGGCACGCAGCAAUUUUCACUCGAACCCCGGCAAGCAGGCUGGAGCGAGGAUGAGAGGAGAGGCCAGGAAAUGAACUGGUGGGCAGUUGAAGUUGCACCACGAGUGAUGUUGCAUUCGUAUGUAGGGGUUGUGUGUGGUGGUGGUUGACUCCAAUUGGCUACAAUUCUCUUGGAUCUUUAGAGGGUAGUCACUGUACUGGAGCACUCUGGAGGCUCGCCACGGUGGGGUCGUUUUGUGUCGGGUACUUCCUGUUUCUGCCCAGAACGGCACAAUAAGUGAGGCCGCUAACGAAUAGGGAAUGUAGACAUUAAGAGCAUGUAGAGGCAAAGACUAUAGAAGAAGGCAUGUAGACCAGCCCAGGACUAGUAGGGUAGCGUACUGCAAAAAGGACUGGGACAGCACCCAUUGAAUCGCAUUUCUAGCUAAUUUAACCGGUAUACUGAUAUCUCACUAUAGUGAUCUAGAAUCGU